ACAAACUUGUUCAAUGUGACUUGACGUUUCGCAGUGCAGUUUUUAAUAAGUGUCAAUUUUUAUCGACAAAAAUACUAAAGGGUCCUUUUGAAUAGCGAACCCAUAUUGAUGCCUUUUGUUAGAACAUGUUUAUAAUAACAAAAAGUGAAUAAUGACCUCAGUCAGUUGCGCCAGCAGUGCGUCGAACGUUACUGGCCUUAAUAAAUCUACUCCAAAAAAUCAGGGAACCGAAAAUAGAAGCAAGUCAUGUAAUACCAGCUGCACCUCGAACUCGAGCUGCUUCUUCAAAAGGCGGAAACCGAUGAACCCGCUGGCUUAUACCAUGCGUCCCACCCACCAUAAAACGAACCCAGUGAAGCAACGCGUGAUGUCGGCGAAGCUAUUGAAGCUGAGACAGCUUCAAAGCCAGUUAAACGACGCCAAUUAUCAUUUGGCCGAGGUAAGCAGGGAGAAUCAAACAUUGAAAACUUUACAAAAAAGACAAGACAAGGCUUUGUCGAAGUAUGAAGAUACAAACGCCGAUUUGCCCAGGUUAAUACAUUCGCACGAAGAAGAGAUCCGAGUGCUUACAGAGAAGAACAGAGCGUUGAAAAGGUCUGUGAAGGAGUUGACGGACCAGCUUAGGCUGCGCGAGGAAGAGCUAAGUAAAGCAAGAGAGCAGCUGAGUCACUUGGAGAGGUUAAAUAGAGAUAAACACCUGACAGAACGGGAGAAGUUAAUGGAGAAAUUGGAAGAUUAUAAAAUUAAGCUAAUUAAGAGUGAAGAUCAAGUUUCAGUCUUGAAUAGGAAACUGAUGCUGGAAACUAAAACAUCUAAGCAGAGGUUAAAUGCUGAAAUUGUCAAGUGUAAGCAAGCGCAAAGGGAGCUGUUAAGUGCAUUUGAAGAGAUUGAUAGGCUAACUGCUAUGUUAGAGACCAGAGAAAACACUGUGAGACCGAGAAACCCUAAAUUCAUGCCGGAAUCGAUUUCAAUGGCAACCCUAAAAAAUUUCCCGCCAGCACGCAGAAAUUUCAGCAGCGAAAAAUUGAAUUCGGUCCAAAAUCCGGUGUCAGAAGUUAAGUUGCAGCCUAUUAAAGGGAAUAAUUUAAAAAAGGGUGAAAACCGGAGGCAACAAAAUGGAUUUAGGGCUCCGAUGGAAAAUAUCAAACAAAGACUGUCAGGAAUACCAGUUCCAACCACCCAAGAUCCAAGCAUACAUUCGAACCUAAGUUCAGCAACAUCGGUCGAAAGUAGAGACACUAGCGGCACCGGCAGCUUCAAAAGUAGACCCACCAGCUCGCUAAAACUAGAAAAGUUACCGGCAAUGACCGACAAUCAAACCACAAAACAAAAAAUGAGAGACGGAGAAAAGGCGCUUGUCAAUGGGAUGGAGGGAGAGCGAAAGGUUAGUGGUGAAGACUUUUCUGACGACGAACAGUACCUUUGCGAGAGAGAUAUGAUAGUUAGGUAUGACAGCGAUAAAAAGGACCAUGCACAACCAGAAAAUGAAAGGUCUAAUUCACUGGAAAACUCUUAUAAUAAUAAGGGAGCAUCCUUGGAAAACUAUUCAGAGGAUGAGGAUCUAGCAGACCUAAUACAGAAAAUGAAAAAAGGUAAAGAAGAAGAGGAUAAACUAUUGCAAAAACUACAAGGCCGAAAGAGAAAAGGAAGCGAUCAAAGCAGUACCUCUGAGAGUCUAAAGAAAGCUGAGGAAGACAUCGAACAGAUGGCCGAGACUUUAGAUUCUGCUAUACAAAAAGUUGCACAAACGUCUCAGCAGGAAUUUGAUAAGAAUUUAAGUAAUGUCUGCUCCGAAGUGCUGUCUAAUGUAAAAAGCUGCAGUCAAGUUAUCGAGGCGCACAAAGAUAGCCUACGGCAUUCGAAACAAGAUACCGAUGUACUAUUGGAAACAUUUUUAAAAAUAGAGAAAAACGAAAGUAAAUUGAAAAAGUCGUUUUUUAACGGGGAAGACGAUAUGGAGUUUGUUAAGGAAAUUCUAAAUGAAGAACGCAAAUUCCAAGCACAACAAAAGGUUCAUAAUUCAACAAAAGAUGACGUUCUAGAAAAAAAAUCUAUGGUGAACAUUGAGAGCAAAAGAAAACUUUUGGCAACACUUCGUGCUAUCGACAACGGCGAUAGCGUUGAAAGUAUUGAAGAGCCGAAACAAGGAAAUGUAAUUAAAGAGAUAUUCGGAGGUCACUGAGAUUCAAAGUUGAUAGUGUAUUUUUAUUGUAUAGAUGUUAUUUUUCAUAUAUAUAUUGUUUAUAAUAUUUAUUAUAUUUAUACGGAAAUAAAGAGGGAUAUUUGUUAAACAA